GCCGUUGUUUCUGUUGUCUGUGGGAAUGACGUCACUUUGGCGCCGAAUCAUACGGAGUUAAGCGCGCGGAAGAAAAUAUCGAUGCUUCAGAAAUUUUAAUAACACGAUUAUAUAAUAGAAAUAUAUUCCGGAGUUACUCAGUAUCAGCAGUGCAAGACCUCAACAAUGCAGCGAAGCAUAGCGUCAUUCUUUCAGCCAAUGAAAGGCAAGGAGAAGAGUGAUGGACAGGCCAAAGUAAAGGCCGAACCUGUGAAAAGUCCCCUCAAAAUUCAGAAUGGUGUUCAGGAAAGUGAUUCGCCUGUAAAGAAGGUUCAUAAACGCAGUCGAGUAAUCAUAGACAGUGAUGAUGAAGAUCAGCCAGUGGUUAAAGAGCAGGUGCCUAAACAGAGUGAAGUUCAAACAGCAAAGCCAGAGAAGAUUUCUGAUGUUACAAAGGCUGCCUCCACUCCUGUAUCUCCAAAAACUCCCAUAACCCCAAAAACACCCAUAACCCCAAAAACUCCGGUCACUUCAAGUGCCUCUGUUGCCGUGGUAACCCCUGCUUCCUCAGGCACUCCAGGAACUCCAGCAACUCCAACAUCAACUUCACCGUCAGGCAUUCCCAAACGCAAGACUGCCCGCAAGCAGUUCCCCAAGAGGAAGCUGGAAAGCAGGAGCGAUGGAGAGGGGACGAAAGAGGAGGAAGGGAAGGAAGUAGAUGGAGGCCAGGAGAGUAAGAGAGCACGAGUGGGGGCCUCACCUGGGCAGACAGAAAACGAAAUGAUGGAGGUGGAAGAGAAGAGCACAGAUGGAAAGACUGUAGUGGAUGAACAGAAAGAUGAGGAUGAAGCAAAAACGAGUGAAGUUGUGGACAGUGCUAAAAAUGAGAUGAAACAGAAGGAUAAAAAUGAUAAAAAGCAGGAGAAAAAGAUAAAUGAAAAGAAUGCAAAGAAAGAAAAAAUAGAAGACAAGAAAAAGAAGGAAGAUAACAGUCCUGAAAGAGUAGUGAAAAAAGAGAAAGGCACAGAAGAUGAGGGGGGAUCGGCCAAAAAGAAACCUAUCAGCAGCUUUUUUGCACCCAGAAAGGCAGCUGUAAAACUGGAAAAAGAGGAGCGAAAUGCGGGAGAGAAAAAGAAAGAUGGAGAAAUCUCUGAUAUCGCGGAACAGAAAGAGACGAAAAGUGAAAAGGGGGUGGAUUCUGCAGUCCAGAGCCAGUAUGAUCCCUCCAGAGCACAGUACCAUCCCAUUGACCACGCCUGCUGGAAGAAGGGCCAAAAAGUGCCAUAUUUGGCUGUCGCUCGCACCUUUGAAAAGAUUGAAGAGGAUUCAGGAAGGCUGAGAAACAUUGAAACUCUUUCCAACUUUUUGCGCUCUGUAAUUCUUCUCUCUCCAGAUGACCUGUUAUGUUGUGUAUACCUGUGUCUGAACCAGCUCGGCCCUGCGUAUCAGGGUCUGGAGCUGGGCGUCGGGGAUACUGUCCUGAUGAAAGCCGUCGCUCAAGCAACUGGGCGACAGUUGGACAAAAUCAAGGCGGAGGCUCAGGAGAAAGGUGACCUGGGAUUGGUUGCUGAGAGUUCCCGCAGCAACCAGAGAAUGAUGUUUGCACCGGCCAGUCUGACAGCAGGGGGUGUUUUCAACAAACUGAAAGAGAUUGCUAACAUGAGUGGAAACUCUGCAAUGAAUAAGAAGAUUGACAUUAUUAAAGGCUUGUUUGUGGCCUGUCGGUUUUCUGAGGCCCGUUACAUUGUGCGGUCAUUGGCUGGGAAGCUGCGGAUCGGAUUGGCUGAGCAGAGCGUUCUCGCCGCUCUCAGUCAGGCUGUGUGUCUGACGCCCCCGGGCCAAGGUUUAAAAUGAUCCUAAUGAAACUGGCAUUAACACACAUCAUUAUCAGAACAUUGAUAGAACCUGCA